AAGGGUUAUUCUAGGUCAUCUAUUGUAACGUCAUAGACUAUUAUUUACCCUUUCACGCCGUGUUGCUCAGUCACCGGUCUUGAGUUCAUGAGAAAAUGCGUGUUUUGCUUGUAAUAGCAACUAUGUAUUUCAUCCUUGGAACAUCGUACAGCAUCGAAGAAGUAUGUACGAAAUGGCAUUACAAAUGCGUAUUUCCGUUUGAAUAUAAUAACCAUCUACACAAUUCGUGCUUACCUUACGGCACUGAUACGUGGUGUGGCAUUAAACCAGUGAUCACUGAAAAUGAACGGGGCACAGACUUCGACUACUGCAGUGCGGAGUGUCCAAAAACAGAUAUUCGUUGCACUGCAAAUCACAGAUGUGUGCUACCGUUUGAACUAGAUGGUAAAAACAUAACAAGAUGCCAAGUCACAUUUAGUGGUUACGAAUGGUGCCCGAUUACAAAGGACUACAAAGGUGCUGGUGCUGGAAUUGACUGGGAUUACUGUGUUGAAAGUUGCUCAGAGGAUCUUCUAAAUAUUCAAACAACAAGUACAACAACAGAAACUACAACAAGAACAACAGUACCAAAAACUACAACAGCAACAGAUUUACCAUUCAGUCAUACUAUAAAAGCGACAACAACAGAAACCCCGCCUGUUGAUACUACUACAUCAACAAUAGUACCUACAACAAAAAGAGAAUAUCUACGUGUUAAAACUACAACAACAGAACGUGUUAAUAGAACAACAUCAACAGAUUCACCAUUCAGUCAUACUAUAAAAGCGACAACAACAGAAACACCGCCUGUUGAUACUACUACAUCAACAAUAGUACCUACAACAACAAGAGAAUAUCCACGUGUUGAAACUACAACAACAAUAACAACAGAGUUACAACUCAAACAUAAUAUAAAAGCAACAACAGGAACUAAAACAACAACAAUACCUACUACUACAACAGAAUCUCCACGUUUUGAAACUACAUUAUCAACAAUAACAACACAUAAAUCUAAAACAAUAUUGCCAAAGGCUAUGCUAACAACUACAACAGUAAAAUCUACAACAUACAACAAACAUUUACCAACAACAGAAACAGCAACAACAACUUUGCAUUCAACAGUUAAAACAAGAAGACAAGAUGUAAAGCAUCAAAAAAAUGCAAUCAACGAACGAACAACAGACAAUAUAAAACCACAAGUGAAAACAACAAACACAAAGGCUGGCGAAAACAAGAAGCAAGGUACAACAGUAAUGACAACAAAAACCGCAACUACUACAGGCACAGUUCCUGUUAGUCAAGAUGAGAAGAACAUCAUUGGAAAUAAUAUAAAACCACAUGGAGGGGCAGGGGACUCGACUACUAUAUCUACACAAGUUCCUGUUAGUCAAGACGAGAAGAACAUCAUUGGAAAUAAUAUAAAACCACAUGGAGGGGCAGGGGACUCGACUACUAUAUCUACACAAGCUGAUACCACUUCAGGGGGGAGAAGUUUAAAUACUACGAUCAUCAUUCUCGUCAUAUGUUCGGUUCUACUAUUUGUGGCGGUCUUACUAACAGCGCUGCAGUUUUACUGCAGAAAGCGCAAAAAGAAGAAUGGCAACCCUGAAACUAAGAAAGACGCUGAAGUCGCUGGUGCUGUUGAACUGCCGCUUGUUAUAAAGAGCAGCGAAGUUUCGAAAUCUCCUGAAGAGGAAAAACUUCAGCCUGAUAUUCGCUAUACUGCAGACUCCGGGUUUAUCAGCCAUAAUAGCGACCCUCACGUUUAACCAUAAGAUACAGCAUAGCUGUUAAUUUAUUGAAAUUUCCGUGUAUUUACUGUGUUCGUUCACCCCCGAAUAUAAUUACUUCUUGUUCGCAUUUCGUUCUAAUUCGUUUUCAAACCGAAUUCUUCACACAUUGUGUAUUGUUCAACACGUCGUUUAUUAAAUGUCUUACAAA